GCAGAAAAGGCAAACGGCAUCGAGCUGCUCCUGAAUGCAAGGAACAGGAGACGGCAGCAAAGUGCCGCCUGUCCUCUGUGGAAAGUCAACUUUGAAGCAUUAUUGGUCGGUCUCGUAGAUAGACCAGCUUCUAGUUCUGAUUGCACUCUGAUGUUUAAAUAAGCUUUAAAUCCUGUCAACCAGCCACGACGCCCUGACCGACUGCACACUCGCUUGCCUGCACGCAACUCUCGUGGUCAAAUAGGGAGUCUGCGGAGUCUCGAAUACGCUCAUCCGCCCUGAGACCGUCUUGACCGGAUGGAUGGGUCGCCGACUGAAGCCUUAGGCUCAGAGAGAGAGAGAGAGAGAGAGAGAGAGAGAGAGAAAGAGAGAGAUUCGGAAGCUCCUGCGCGAGAGCCGAGAGCAAAUUGCGGGACAGGAAUGCUUGCAUAUUCUCGAGGCAGGGAGGCAGAGAGGGAUCGAGGGAAGAGUCAACGAGGACCACGACGCGGAGGACCGACGGCAUAUGGCAGUCGUGGAAUGUAAGCCCAGCUGCGAUUGAAAGGUCGAGCAGUGAAUGCCGCACGACAAGUGGCCCCGUCCAGGACCUGAUUAGGGUGCACUCCCGAGAGUGAAAGAUAGAGACGGAGAGAGGGAGGGAGAGAGAGAGAGAGAUAGUAAGUUGUUUCAUCUCAGGUCUGCUCUGCUGUGCUGGGCGAGAAACUGAAGCUCCGGGAUCAAGGCCCAACGCAGAGUCGAGUCGAUUCGAGGGAGCUCAACAACAUGGCCAAUCAGGGAGCCAAGAAGCGCCGCGAGGAGAAUCUGAAACACAUGAAAAAUUUAGCACUGGUUGUGCUAUGUUCUAACGCAAUAUACAUUUUGGGAAGAAUAGUAAUUUUCAAUUCAUCGGUUACAUGGAAGCACUACAUUGGGAUGAUUGCGACGUCCGGAGUGUAUCAUGUUACCUACAACUGGAUCAAGGAUUUAUCUCUGCCCACCUAUGACGACAAGGGGGAGCUCACGGACGGUGGAUUCGAUUUGAAGAGCCCUGGUCUUUGCUCGUAUCUUCAUGAUGUUCUGUACGUCACAGCAUUCGUACAAUUUGGCUCUAUAUUUUCAGACAAGUUCUGGUAUGCGUUUUUUGUGAUUCCUGCUUUUGCCUUCUACAAACUAUGGACGUUGAUUUUGUACCCGUACUUCUUCCUGAGUCAGAAGGAGGAGCCGGAGAACGAGGUAACGAGGAAAAAAAGAGAAAAGGCUGAGAGAAAGGCCAACAAGCCGAAGUUUGCCAAAGCGAGAAGGUGAUAGAUCAGUGACUGAAUUAGAGAGUGUUUUUCCUACCGGUUUCUUUACGAUAAGUCUUGUCAUCGAGCGUUUGUCGAUUCAGAAGUGGCGGCUAGGCCUUCUUAGCCCUAGAACCCGCUGUCGUGGGAGGCCGAAGAGCAGGAGGAGAUCCACCGUCGUCACUUCUCGAUGAGCUAACUGCUCAUCGAGAAGUGACGACGAAAGAGCACUAACGAGGUUCUCUCGAAAUCCCGAAGCCUAGCUGGGAAAACGGCUCUCUGUCUGAUAUUAGAUAUGGGGCUGGAAGUCCGCUCAUUCGAUUGCCUUGCCUUGCCAUACUCACGACGAUGGAUCUUCAAAUUCAUCUUACAAUUUAUGAGAAAGGAAACGUGAAUCACCUUUUUUGUUAGUGACCUCACAAAUAGAUUCGAAUUCUCCGUGUGAGCAAGUUCAAAAGUUCAGAUUAACUCUUUCCGGAGAUGUAUCUCCAUCGUGAACGCCCGUCAUGUGCGAUUUAAAAGUGAUUGAAUCGUGUGUGAUGGGUUGUUUACUCAUCCGUGAAAGCGUUCCUCACAUUUGGACGUGUAGAAUAGAGUCACCAAGCCAUGUGGAAAGCUCAUCUUGGUGUCUUGCUCUGUGCUCCUGUCAGCUCGGAAUGGAAAGCAGUGGAGAGUGCUUUAGAUGUUUGAAGAACUACGGCAGAAAUUAUCAUAAAAAUAUGAAUGCGAAGGUUGAAAGUACAACAGUUCAUGCGUGUUGACAUAUAAUUUUG